UCUCUUGUACUUUAUUGUCAAUAAAUUUAACAUAACUGCGUUGUCCAUUUUUGUUUCCAUUGCUUAUUCCCUCUUCCUAUUGCAUGUGCAUUCAGGCCACAAGUAUUUAAACAGUUACAUUUUGGCACUUCUCGGACAAAACUACUUUAUCAUUCGUUUGCCCUUCUUUCUCAACAUAGAACAAGUCACUUUCGAACAAAAAAAACAAACAAUAGUCAUGGUUGGCAGUGUCAUAAAUCAGCAGAUAGCUUUCUCUGCUCAUCUGCCACUGAAAGAACCUUUGGUCAUCACUCAUCUCAUUGCCACCAUCUUGACUUUAUUCGCUUGUUUUCCGUUUCUUGUACUAUUCCAACCACGACCACAAACAGAAAAUCAAUCUAUAUCUCAUUUAUGUACCAAACGUCAAAAGAUCUACUAUCAUUACCUAUUUAGAGCAAUAUGCAUUUUGCUAGUUAUAAGCUCUUCUCUCGGACUGUAUAUCAUAUGCGAACAUUUACUACUCCCAUCCUCUACGAUUGCCUCGAAUACAACGACAAUAUUGUACGUAUGGAGCUUCUUGUGCUUAUUCACCACUUUUUCCUUUCAACUAUUUGCUAUGCAUUAUUACUCCAUGUCAACAAGAAAUAAACAGCAAGAAACAGACAGUAACAACAGCAAUAGCAACUUAAGCAGGAAGAAAAAAAGCCAUACGUUGGUUUUCCUGCUUGACAGCAGCAUGAACAGAUUCAACAGGUUCCUAUCAAGCAAAAAACAACUUGUAAUGACUGUGAUCAGUGGAUGGCCUGCAGGCCUUCUCCUUCUCACAAUGGCUCUAAACUACAUUACCAUAGUACUUUAUACAUUAACAGAGAGCGAUAUGGUUAAUGAAGGUAUUGAAAAGUAUUCGAUCUAUCCUAUAUCCAUUCUUCUAGGUGUUGGGUUUUUAGUCUAUGGUACAACAAUUUUGCUACAUUUACUUUCUGUCAUACAAUUACCUCGUCCAUCUACGCCAGAAUAUUAUGAAAGUGUUCUACUUAUUUUAUGGGGCUUGAUAAUGUUAUGUUUUAUGAGUACUGGCACAACAAUUCCCAAUUUAGGAUCAGGUUGGCGGGCUAUUAAUCUAGGCUUAUUAUGGUUUACAGGUGGAAUAUUCUCAAUCAGUUUAAGCUUACAAACAUGGAUGCCCUUUUUAAGAGAAAAAAACAUUGUGAAUGCGUUAGUGGUUUGUUUGACAGGGAGAGCUAUUGCUGUGACAUAUUUCGAUGAUCCUUAUAUCAAUGAAUGCCACACUAUGCUAGGAUACCUAUGGAUAGGAGCAGCAACAUCACGUAUCAUCCAGAUUGCCUUUCGUAAAUCACCUUCAGAAAAUAUACCACAACAGCUGCUAUCUCAACAAAGCUUCUAUGAAGAUGACGAUAAAGAUAUGCUUGAAGACGAAGAGGAAGAAUUCACUACAGCUGAGGCCGCAUUUGCCAGGAAUCACAAAGAUGUGCUGGGGAAAACACAUAGAAAAAACAAGUGUAGACAUACAGUAGUCUGUGCAUCCAUCACAAUAGUGUUUGGACUAUUGGCUUCCAUUCUGACAAUAUGUAGUGGUAUAUUACUCAUAGGAUCCACCCAGGGAUGGAUCAACCACAUACGCUAUUACAUAUCGGACCCAUCCACAUACAUCAAUGUUAUGCUGGCCAUAUCGUUUAUUUGGUCUGCCUAUAUUAGCGGGCUAUGUACAUUGUACAAAUACAUUAAAAGACGAAAUAAACUUAGUGAAUAUGAGUAUCUGGAAUUAUCAACCACACCAAAAGGCACGUCAAUAGCACCCUACGACUCAUCACAUCACGUUUAUCAAUUGAAAGAUCAAACAGGGCUAUUACCAUUAGCAUCUUUAUCUUCCUAUAGACCCAUCGAUCAAUCCAACUCUGAUGAAAGAAGGGAACAACAUUGUUCAAUGACAGGAUACAGCUUGACUAACGAUACAAAGGUCCCCUCAAAUAUCAUGCCUGGUUCUUCCGACCCCUCUUGUAUCGAUAUUUUGCCAUCCGUAGAUACUACUGCUGAUAGUCCAAGGUCUAAACAACACAUCUUAACAUCUACUCCAACCACGCAAUCAACAAAGGUAAAAAGGCCAAAGGUCGAUAGGAUUAUAACAGCAGUAAGUGGAGCUCCAUUUUAUUUACCAACAAUCAGCAAUUCAACCUCACCUCAAACGUCUGUUAGAACGAUGCGACCAUCAGAAUACCGUGCUAAAAGGAGAUCGCUGCUCCUCCAGUCGCCCAGUAUAAACAGUCCAGCAGCUUCCAAUGCUAUUUUCAACUAUAAUAACACUAAUGAAACCAGCACUGCUGCUGGAGAUAAACGUUUCAGUGGUGUUGGUGGCGUUAUACCUGAUGAAGUCUUUCUUGUGCGCAAGAACGAACGUUACCAUCAACACUACAUACCUGAAGAUCGUCCUAAGACACAUACUGUAACGAUAACAACCUCACCAUCUUCAAUGCCAAUCUCUUCACCUGGUAGAAGCACACUUAUUGAAGAGUCCCCUUCAUCGCCUCUCCCACAGAACAGUAAUGACCACCAUGUCCAAAGUGAUUAUUUUCAACAAAAUAGCACCACUAUUACAGCAGCAGGAAUAGCAUCAUCAUCAGCAUCGUCAUCCUCAAUAAGUAGAAUCAGCACAGGUAUUCUGCUUAACAGAGGACAGGGACAACAAUUCAAUCAUAGGUGGUCUCAUCCGCCUGCACCUCCUUUGCAAAAAUACACUCCUACUCCUGCUACCACAACCAGCAAUAGUUCUUCUAGUGCAGCUUUUUCAAGUUUAUCGAAGCGAACGUUAUAACAGUGAAAAAGUUCACUCGUUGCCCAUCUGCCAUUACUAUUAGAAUAUUUACAUUAUACCUAUUUCUUUGUCUACUCUGUUUAGAGAGAUAGAUACUUACUUUAUACCAUAACUUUAUAUACUUUUAUUUUAUUAUUGGAAUAACAUCAGAGUAAUUUUGCGAAAUCUUCUCUUCAAUACAAUUGUUACAUUGUUCCAUUAACAACACAACAUUUCUAGCCUCUCAACCCA